UAAAUUGAGUUUCACUUUCAAAUACGACAGCAGUUCUUGUCAGAGACUAAACAAUUUAGAAUCAAAACACAAACAAACAAAAUGUUCAUUGUCAAGGUUAUGUUUUUGGCACUGGCUCUAGUGCUGGUUAAUGGUCAGCCUCAAGGAUUCGGUGGUGUGGGUGCUCCCAGGCAAUUGAGUCCUGAGGAAUUUCACCAGGCUGAAGAAACGUUACAAUUCUCGUUAAGCAAAUUGGCAGCUGGCGAUGGUCCCCAUUAUAAAAUUGGUCGCAUUUUGGAGGCUAGCAGUCAAGUUGUGGCUGGCUCUUUGGACAAAUAUACUGUGGAGCUUAUCGAUUCCCAUAAUCAUACCACAGAAUGCAAGGUUAGCAUCUGGUCACGUACCUGGCUAACAAAUGGCAUUGAAGUGACUAUCGAUUGCCCCAAUCAACCAACAGUGACCAAGACCCACAAUGGUCCACACCACGCCUAAAAUGAAAUUUCAAAUAAAGGAAAUUGUUUCAUAUUCUGUGAAUAAAAACAAAAAAAAGUAUAUUUU